AUGCGCAUCUCACUGCUGCUGCCACUGUUGGCGCUUCCAGCUGCUCGCGGCUCGUUUCUCGGUGAGCUGCUGUUCGGGAAGGACAUCCUGCAGCCGGUGCGCGACGCAAUUCGACACACCGAGCACCUGCGCGACGAAGUGUACGGCUGGUACAGACACAACGACACGCAGCGGGGGAAUUUUACGGUGACACCGGAUCCAAGGGAGCUGUAUAAGCUGUUACCGAAGAGCUAUGAGGGACGAAGUCUGGUAGAGCCGGACGGAUCGUAUUAUAGAGAGGUACAGGGGUGGUAUAAGGGGAAGUGGGAUGGGUGGGAUUGGAGUACGAGGGGGAAUCGGUCGUUGGCGGCCGAGACGCAGUUGAAUCGGACCGCUGCUAGGCUCAACGACAACACAACUACGAUACCAGAGUAUGUGGAUGGGGUAAAUGCCACUCAGCUUAGGCAGGACAGGGGUAAGGUGGACUGGCUCGCGACCAAAUCUGGACACAUAGACAUGCGGUUGCAAGAAGAACAUCUCCUCGAAGGCAACGUCUCGCUCGUCACGGGCAGCAUCUCCUUCUCCUCACCCUCCAGCUCAGAUAGCACCGACUUCUCGCUCGAGGGUCUGCACUUUCUUCCCACGGGCAGCCUCUUCCUGCACGCCCUGGCCGAGGAAGACCCCUCCACGACCGACGUGCGCACCUCUCUCUCGCUCAUCCCCACCGGCAACAACGAAACAGCCAACCAAACAGUCCAGGCGAUAGAGAAAGCAUUUCAAUUGCGCAUCGAUAUGCUGCAGCGCAUCGUCGACAGUGGCACCUACGAAGUCGGCGAGACGCUCGAGCCGGCGCAACGCAAGCACAACUGUUCGUUGCACGUCUAUGGGCAGUUUCUUUCCGCUGGACCUUACCCCGCAAUGCAAGAUCGGAUCGAUGCUCUCGAACGAGAGUGGGUGAACUCGACGGGGAUCAGCACGAUCCGCGCUCCACCUGUGACACUGUCCCUGCUGGCGUACAGCCCCGAGUGUCAGCUCCUCCUUCACUCACCUACCCUCACCGGCCUUCUCCAACCCCGCUUUUGGCGCAAAACGCUCCACUACGCCAUGGUGUACUUCCUCGUCCUCUGCCUGCAAACCUACCUACUCGCGAAGCAGAUGCAGGCGACGCUGACGCCAUCCGGCCUGGCACGGCAGAGCGGCGCUACGUGGCUACUCCAGUGCUUCGUCGAUGCCGUCUCGAGUCUGCUGCAUCUGAGUGUCGCGGUCGGGGUGGAGAACGGGACGAGUGGCGCGCUGCUCGCGUGUGCGUUCAUGGCAUCAGCAUGCUUCCUGGGCUUUGGGUAUCGGUAUGGAAUCGUCAUUUGGCGUGAGGCGAUGGAGACGUCCUCCCCUGCGCCUGCCUCGGAUGGUGUCCUCACGAACAUCAUCGCGAGAAUCACCGGUACGAGGGUGGAAGAGGUGACUCCCGAGAUCGUGCGCGAACGUCAAAGACGAAGCUUCAUGCUGGCGGGAGUGACGUUCUUCCUGCUGCUUGGGUUUGCACCUGAGCUGCUGGGGUGGAUGAUGCUACCGGUGGUGUUCAGUUUUUGGAUUCCGCAGAUUUGGUUGAAUGUGCAGAGGGGAACGCGACGCUCGGUGCUCAAGCGGACGGUCGUGGGGUUGACGGGGACGAGGUUGUUCUUGCCGCUCUAUCUGCUGAUUUGCCCGGACAACGUGCUGUUCCAGGAGGAGAGCGGGUGGGGGUGGGUUCUGGCGGGAUGGUUGGUGGGACAAGCGACGCUGCUGGUGGGUCAGGAUGUGUUGGGUCCGCAUUGGUUUUUGCCCUCAAAGUGGGUGCCGGCGGAUGCGAGGGUCGGGUGGGAGUACCAUCCCGAGGAGGGAGAUGCGGUGGAGGGGGAGUGUGGGAUCUGCUUGGCCCCGAUCGAAAAGGUUGAGGAAGCGAGCAGGGAUGGGCCCGUGGGAGGAUGGUUGAGCUUCAAGGGCGGAGACUACGAUCGACUUGCUGGAGAGGAGUACGAGGUUGCGGACGAUGCGCCGUCGUGUCCACCAGAAAAGUCGCGAACACCUCGCGCCCUCCGUCAACUGCCUCCGAUAACCUUGACCGGAAGAAUGACGCAACGUGCCCGCAGGCUCGCAGCAAGGGCCGUGUCAGGCGUCCUGCGAUGGAGGUCCACGGCGCAGCGAGGAAGACGGACGGACGUGAUGCGCACACCAUGCGGCCAUACGUUCCAUACCGAGUGUCUGGAAAGGUGGUUCGAGAUCAAGGGCGAGUGUCCCAGUUGUAGGGCUGCGUUGCCUCCGGUGUAA